AGCUUCUACCACAACAGACAUCAUUGGGUAGUCGAGUGUUCUACGAGUAACACAAGUUAAUCUGUUACUACAGUUGCUACUUCUUAUCAGCGCCGUUUGUAUCCUGCUUCAACUAACUCCAAAAUGGCUUCAAAGAUCUCGCUCAUCGCAUUUGCUCUGCUGCUGGUGAAUGCUAAUGCACAGCAGUACGGACAGCAGCUGGGUCGUCGAUCACAAGAACGUUUGAACCAACUCCGAUCCUAUGACGAUGGUGUACGAUCCUCUCGCAACUAUAAUGAUCAGUACAACGAGCAACGGUAUUCGGGCCGCAACCAGGACCAGGAUCUGCAGGAUCGCCGUGAAUCCGACUACGAUCGCGAUGACUACAGCUAUGGAUACGCUGUGCGCGAUGAGCUUUCGGGAGACAUCAAGAGCCAGCAGGAAGUGCGCAACGGCGAUAGGGUACGAGGCCAGUACCGCACAUUGGAAUCGGACGGCACGGAACGUAUCGUCGACUAUACGGCGGACGAUGUACGCGGAUUCAACGCAGUCGUACGUCAUCAGCCAUCGGUUGGAUCGAGAGCACAGCUCGUCCACACCCUGCAGCCAGCCGUCCUGCUUAGACAGCCGACCGUCGGACAGCUGGUUUCGGGCAACCAUCGUCCCGCUCUGCUCACCACUCCUCAGCAAACUUCCACCGUUCUGCUGCGCAACUGAUUUCCUCCCGCUCUGAUCAUGGAUACGGUGUGUACCCACACGAAGAAUGCCGAUAAUGUUAAUUCAAUAAAAUGCCUUCCCCAAACGUA